UCGAAAUAAGUCAGCGUACUAGGCAAAACCUCCGAAUCGUUUAGAAAUACUCUUAAAGUAAUAGGUACAUAAAAACAUUUUUCUUCAGGAUUUCAAAAUUUUUUACAGUUGUUAUGGCGCUAUCGGUGCGGUGGAAAUUGUCGAUGAUGUUGGUGACGGUGAUGGUGAUGAUGGUGUCGGCGGACGGUGCGGGGCGGCGGGCUGCCGUGGACAGGCGGCGGGCUACCGUGGACAAGCGACAGGCGCCCACGGAAGGUGACUUCACGGACAGGUCGUCGGACGGAUCGUACGCGUUCCGGUACGCCGACAAUAACCAGUUCCACUCGGCCGCUGCCAAUAAGGACAACGUCGUGUCCGGAAGGUUUGGCUCCAGAAGUCCCGAAACCGGUCGAAUCGUGCAAACAUCGUAUUCGUCCGGACCCCGCGGUUUCCGAGCCCGCGGACCGGACAUUGCCAGACAGACAGACCUGUCGCAAGUUCGUUUGCCUUACAGCCCACCCGUGCCCACCGAUUCAUCCAAAUACGAUCCAGCUUACGACCGAUACUACGACCCAAACGAAGAUCCGAGCUACAAGUUCACCGUUCGGACGCCCACGCAAUCGAAAUCCGAAAUUGCCGAUUCCAGGGGCCACRUCGAAGGCGUAUACUCGUACUUGGACGAUGUCGGCAAAAGACACGACGUUCAGUACGAGGCGGGCGCUGGUACCGGAUUCCACGUCAAGUCACCCCACCCGGAUUCGGACGCGUACGGUGGCGUGUUCUACAAUGGCCCGCCUGGCAAGCCGGGGGGCCGACCACGCGGCCACUCAUCUGUAGUACUGGGCAAGGAUGGCUCUUACGGGUUUACUGCGUCAGGGCCGGACCAGCGGCGGUCCGAAGUGAGCGAUUCCAGCGGCCGCGUGCAGGGCUCGUACACUUAUGUAGACGACAAGGGCGUGCAGCGAACGGUGCAGUACGUGGCAGGGCCCAACAUCGGGUAUCGAAUCGUCAACAACGCGGCGGCCGGAGGAGCGGCCGCGGCGCCAUCACUGCCCGGCAGCAGUGUAGUUGUGGGUGGUAUCGGCAGCGUCGGUGGCAGUGGCCUGCAGGUGGUACCAUCUGCAGUGACGCCGUCUGUGUUGCCCCCGUUGCAGUUGAUUUCGUCGGCAUCGUCCACGCCACUAACACCGAUCGCGUUCGAAUCGCAAGAACUAUUUGGGCCCGCGGUCAGCACGUCCACACCGCUCCCGGAUCGCCGGCGGCCCGAGCCACCAGUAAAAGGUUUUGGGGGCGGCGGCCUGUCCGACGAAUUCCUGUCACCAGACAGCACACUGCCGCUGGGUUCGGCGUUCCCGGAGGACGAUCCCGCGCUUCCACCAAAGAGGUGGCCUACCACGUACAAGAACAAGGACGAAGAAUCCUUCUUCCAGUCACUCGAAAAGUUCGACAAGCGAAACCCACCGAAGAAGGGCUACCACGCAGUGCCGGAGGACAAUUCCUACGGCCAGUCGACGACGRGUGCGUACGGCCUACUUCAGUCCCAGUCAUCCACUGGCAGGCCGAUUGGGCCGCCGGACGCGUCGUAUGGCCAACCUUCGCGGCCGAUUGUGGUGGACGACAAGUAUGGACAAUACGGCGGCACUGAUUACCAGAAGUCCAAAGACGACGGCGUCCCGAACACUUUUGGCAGGUUCCCGACCGGCGCCGUGGUCAAGGCCCACGUACAAAGUUUGGACAUACUGCCGUUUGGGUACAGGGUGCCAUCGCCGUCAUACGUUCUCGAAAAACAGUUUGGCAACGACUUUCAGAAUUCGAUCAAAAAAUAAAACGAUGCACACCGUCCACGAUCAUGAUAUUAUAAUGUACACGUAGUUGCUAAUAUUAUCAUGUUUAUUAAUAAUGUAUAAGUUCCUGGCCAUCAUGAUAAGAUUCAUUGUUUUCCAAACAUGUGUACGUUAUUCUUAAUUUCCUUCAAUAUAUUAAUUGCRGUUAUAUUGACCAUCAACAACAUGAAAUAUUAUUGACACUUGUCAAUUGACAUAAGAUAGACUUAAGARGACGCCGCACGGACAUUUGUUGUCUCCGUCUUACAAAGUACAAAAUUKCAAAUUUUACUACUUUGCAAUAAUACAUUUUUCUCUGUAAUUUUUAAAAUAAGAUUGAUUUACUUCGUAUAAAAUUUAAAAACAACA